AUGAGAAGGGUGAGAAAGAAGAUUGCCAAGAAGUAUGAAAUACUACCGGUUUUGCCGGCGGAUAAUGAGUCGCAAAACUCGGGCAAAGUUGAGACUUUAAUGGAGGUUCUAGCGGAAGUCAAUAUUUCAGAAGCGAAAUAUUUGCGGUUUGGAACAAUCUGGAGGGAAAUUGCAGCGCGUGAUAAAUUGGCUUCGUGUAGGAAAGUUGAUCAGUUCAUUUUCUACUCGGAUUUAUAUGAUUUCGUCAUCAGACUUGAUCGCUCGUGGAAGAUGGGCGAGACGAAAAUUGAAGACGUCUAUAACUGGGAUUUUCCAGUGAUGGGACUGACCACGGGACUCAAAGUUCACAGAAUGGACUUUACGCUCGCCUGUAUUAGGGAAACUGGUUCGAUCGAAUUUACGACACAGGAGGAUAUAGCGAUUCGGGAGGGUCAUUUACUCCAGAAAUCGACAGAUCUUGGCGAUCAAAGCAGAAGAAACUACAUCAAACGAGUUCAGAAACAUCUUUUCGACCGUUUUCCGACUCGAGCUUGUAUGGAAUGCUACAUUGUUGGCUCAUCUCGUGAGUUUAACAAUCAAUCCGAGCGUGGAAACUAUGCCAAGCUCCUGGAGCUUCCAGAAGUUUGA